AUGCCCUUUGAAACCCACCCCCUUAAACUCGAAGACCUCAACGAAAGCUUCCUCGUCGGAGAAAAGGCCUUCCACGCACACAACCGCCUCGUCUACACAGGCAUUCUCUCCGAUGCCUCGCGCGCAGUCCUCGUCAAGUCCCGCGAACCGGAUUUCCCUGAGCCGGAGAAUGUGAAAAACUUCAAAGUGCUCAAUGAGAAGGGCGAGAUCAUCGCGGGGUCCCGCUGGUCAAUUCAGAAACAGGACGAGGAAAUUACCAUCUCCGUCGAGGACGCCGUCAAUAAGCGCAUAAAAUCCGAGAUCACCGAGAUGCGGCACGAGCUGGCCAGGAGCCUGUAUACGAUUUUCGCACAGGGGAAGCGAGACAUCCUCGGCGUUUACGCCGACUCGGAAGCGCAAGCCCCCUCUACCUCAGACUCCACCGUCGAAACCAAGAAGAUCCUCAAGUUCCCGCCACGCAUCGAGCUCGACGUCCUCUAUGUGCAUCCGGAUUACCAGCGGAAAGGGAUCGCUUCGGAUCUGCUGAAGUGGGGGUUCGAGAAAUCCGAGCAACUGGGCUUGCCGAUCUAUCUCGAGGCCACGGCGGAGGGGAGGCCGGUUUAUGAGCGGUACGGGUUCGAGACGGUCCGCGUGGAAAGGUUCGAUGCGAGGCCGUUUGGGGUUGAUGAGGAGGUCGAGUACGCGUUUAUGAUUCGGCCCGCGCCGAAGAAGGCUGGCGAUGGUGAGAACUAA